AUGGCCAUCGACGGGCUCAUCAUUCUCGACAGCGCUGGCCGUCCAAUCAUCCAGUCCGGAUUUCGUUCGACAUCCCCCUCCUACGCGCUCGUGCACAUCGAUGCGUACAACAACGCCGUUGCAGCAGCGGAAUCAAAACACGGAAGCCGACCAGGAGAUAUAGAUCCAGUGAUCUACGUACCACCCUUCAACUCUGCGGACUCACCGAGUGCUUGCUGCCAUGUGCCGUGCGGUGACCUUCGAAUACUAUGCCCGCUCAGCGGCGAUGUGGACCCUCUGUUUGCAUUUGCAUUCGUACAGACGUUCGUGGACAUCCUCACUGAAUACUUUGCGACCGUAAAUGCCGUGACGCUGAAAGAUAACUUUGACGUAGUGUAUCAACUAUUAGAAGAAACCCUUGACUCUGGUGGUCAUCCACUGACUACCUCUCCAAAUGCUCUCCGAGACAUCGUUCUUCCUCCAUCACUUCUCACGAAGCUCUUGUCCGUCGCAGGUGCUAACUUUAGCCACACUAUGAAUGCUGGCUCCUCAGCCAGUGGCCCUUUCGCGUCUCCUAUACCUUGGCGUCGCGCUGGUGUCAAGUAUGCGAGCAACGAGAUAUACUUUGAUACGGCGGAAGAAAUCAAGGCCAUCGUUGGGAAAAACGGAACCCCGCUAUCCUGUAAUGUCUGGGGCGUCGCCCAAGCGAACUCAAGACUAUCAGGCACGCCGGAUUGUCUAUUGACGUUUACUAACGCUCAUGUUCUGGCUGACUGCUCCUUCCAUCCUUGUGUACGACUUCAACGCUGGGCCCGUGACAAGUCCUUGUCAUUCGUACCGCCAGAUGGCAAUUUCACUCUAUUUGAGUAUCGCUAUGCUCCCGCCGCGUCGUCUACCGGGACAAGUUUGGUGGCAUCGCAAGGAGGGAAGGAUAAUGUCCCUUUACCCAUUGCAUUGAAGCACUCCUUCGAUAUCACUGAUACUUCGUGUACCUUUGAGGUAUCUGUGACAUCUCGUCUAACCACGCGGGACAUCGAUGGGUUUGUCGCGGAAUUGUAUGUCGGUGACAGCGCGACGGCUAUCAAAUGUGUUGUUGGUCGUGGGUCUGCUGGGAUGAGCCGAGGACUUGCUACGGAGACGGGGUCUGGGGGAUCCUCUUGGACGUUCGACGCGAAAAACAAGGUUGUACGUUGGGAGAUACCAAAGAUGGCCUCGUCGAGCAGCUGGUAUCUGCGAGGGUCAUUUAACUCUACAUCAACACCGCCGCGCCCUGCUCAUGCCAUCCAAACGCAUUUUGAAAUCCAUUCAUAUACGUUCUCAUCUCUCAAGGUAGAGAGCCUUAAAGUCACUGGAGAACAGUACAAACCAUAUAAAGGUGUUCGGGGUAGGACUUCUGGUAACAUUGAAUGGCGAUGGUGA